AUGUCUACCCCCGUAGAGACAGAACUCGACUCGUUGGCAGACCUGCCGUCUGCUAAGGACGGUGCAAUGCUCGAGAAGUCUGAAGGCUCAGAAGACCAUGCUUCUGUUGGGGCCUUACACGAGGUCGAUCUGUCCAAAGACAAUGAAAAAACAAAGCUUAUCGAGACGUAUAUGGGGGCCGCUCAGCGUGGCGAUCUUGACAUUCUGACUGACAUGCUGGAGAAUCACAAGGUGGAAGUGAAUGACAUGCUGGAAGACAACGUGAGCGCCCUGCAUUGGUGUGCGAUCAACAAUAAGCUGACUGCUCUCAAGUACCUUGUGUCCAAAGGUGCCAAUGUUAACCAUGCGGGAGGAGAUCUGGACGCCACGCCGCUCCAAUGGGCCUGCAGAUACGGUUUGGUGUACAUCUCGGACUACCUGAUCACUCAGUGUGGGGCAGAUUACUCCGUCCUCGACAACCAGAGCUUCAACUGUCUACAUUUGGCUGUGCACUCUUCCAACGUGAUGAUGGUUAUUUAUAUUCUCUACUUCACUGAUUUGCAUAUUGACGCGGCUGAUCCGAAGGGCCGCACAGCAUUGCAUUGGGCCGCCUAUCAGGGAGAUCCCUUCACCGUGGAAGUUCUGGUACGUCUGGGAGCGAAUUUAUCUCUGGUGGACGAGACAGGCUUCACUGCUCUCAGCUGGGCUCUCGUCCACCCUGUAAAGCAGAUUCUCAUCAAAUUACUCGAGAACGGAAGCAAUCUCAACCAUCGGACCAACGACAACAAGUCUUCGUGGGAUAUUGCGGCAGACAUGAAUUGUACGAGUAUGCUAAAGACUGCUCUCAAAGAGUGCGACAUCAACCAGGACGGGACAAAGGUGAGCAGACGCAUUUCUCAGAAAGUUGCAGACCGCAUCAUAUUUGUGUUCCCGUACCUUGUUGUCCCUCUGUGUUUGUACGCGAUGACAAGCGGAAUGAUUCUAUUUGACCUUUUUAUACUGGUGGUUAUAUUGGCGUUGCAAAAUCUGAUUCUCCAGUGGAUUAUCGUCCCCAAUUUCAGCAGAUCGCCCAACUCGCUUCAAAAAUCGUCCCUCUUUGCGGGAGUGUUCUCGGGAACUGCAUUCUGGUGCGUGUUGACAUGGUUGGUCAAGAUCAUGCCAAAUACUUUUUUUGACAAACCGCUGCUCAACUUGACGUUUCUGAUUUCAGCCUGCUGCACAAUGGCAGCUUUUGUCAAGGCAAUGAUUAUUGAUCCAGGACUUAUCCCUGCAGAACAGGACAAACAGAAAAUACAAGCCACCAUCAGAGAGCUGAUCGACCUGCGGAAAUUCGACUCCAGGAACUUCUGUCUCUACACCUCAAUCAGAAAGCCUCUCAGAUCCAAGUUCAACAAGUUCAAAAAUAGAAACGUAGCCAGGUUCGACCACUACUGUCCCUGGAUCAACAACGAUGUCGGGGUCAGAAACCACAAGCUGUUUUUUGGUUUUUGCGCAGCGCUGGAGAUCUCAAUUAUCAUUUACUAUAAGCUUGCCAGAAAAUAUUUUGAUGAGCUGGACGUUCCAGACGAUUUAGAACACUCGUGCUACAUUUUUGGCGAGGAUACGUGUGCUGGGUCAUAUGCGUCUCCUUUCGUCUUCAAUCUGACAAUAUGGACCCUAUUUCAGCUUUCGUGGUUGUCCUUACUUCUAAUCGUACAAGCGUUGCAGAUCUCCAAGGGACUGACCAGCUACGAGCUCAGUAACAUGCACACCUCCACCGGCAACAACUUCUCUUCGGUGCCGACUGAUGAGAUAAAUGAGUUGAAUAACGAAGAAGUGGCGUUGCCCGGAUUGCGCAGGUUUGUUUGUCUUCCAAAUUUUGUGACCAACUCCAAGUGUGCGAGACUGAUCGGACUGAACCAGUUUUUGAUGAUCAGCGACGACCUCAUCCAACACAAAUCAAGCCCUGCCACUUUCGACUGCGGCUUCUUGCAGAAUUGGCUGGACUUCCUAUUCAUCAAAACAGAAGCCGAACCAUACAGCUGGCGCAACUUCUUCAAACUCCCAAUAAUGGGAGAAGCAAAUUUGGAUGGCCGGCUUGUGGACUACUACCAGCUUUUCGAGAUUCCCUCGAAACCUUCCACCAGCACCGUGUAA